ACCCAUGAGAUUAUUUCACAAUGAGUUAGUUUUGUGUAGUCUAGUAUAAGCAUUUACGCUUUACUUUUCGACGCGAUAAACAGGAUUAUUUAUAUUUUAGGGAUGAUGGCGAUGCGCGAGUUCUUUUUUUCGGAAUCUGUUAAUAGGUUGAUAAAACUUGACACUCUAAAAAAGACACCUGCAAAUUAUUUUCCCGGAUAAUUGCACAAGAUGAGUCUGUCGACAAAAAUGCCGGUAAAAAGGCAUGAGGUGGAGACGUUGAGAGUGUAUCCAAGAGUGCAUUACUUCCAAAGAAGACUUGGGGACCUUGUACCAAGGUUCAAACGAAUAAUUGGUGCAUUCCCAAAAAGUUUCCAUGUUGAGAAAGCCAUUCAGGAAAUCGAUGACUUAAACGACAAAUUUACGAAGAAGUUGAAUGUAUACAUCAUAGGAGACAGUGAACUUGAAUUUGCACAUAUUGUUGUUUCAACAAAGCCAUUUGAAAUAGAAAAGAUUUCAGAUCUCAAAGAACCAUCAAGUAUCUCAUGGUUCUUGUGCUACACGAAAACAGACUCGCUGGACCAGACUGGAUUGAAGGACAUCAGUUCAGUUAUCGAUAAAUUCUUCGACGACUUCGGAAAUGGAAAACCACAUUUGUUUGAAUACAUGUUUGUUGUAAUUGACACCGAACAGAACCACACUGACGAGGAGAAAGAUUUGUUUCGGAAUAGAGUUCAUGAAGUAAUACUUAGUAAGCUUCAAGACACGGAUGUACAAACGUUUCAAGACAGAAUAAUUAUUGGUUCUCAUGACACUGUUCUUGGUAGUAAAAUAUCCGAACUGCUUGAAACAAUGCUAAUUGAUGGCUUCCAUAAAGUUAUGGCAUUUCUAGAUCGUUUUGUACGGAAAACGAAACAAUAUAAUUCGGAAAUUGAUAUUAUCUAUACCGACCUUGUAGUUAGAUCAAUCCAGGCCUUUCUACGAGAUGACAUUGGUCUUGCUGACAUGAGAAAAGUAGCAGAAAGUAAAUCUUUAAAAGAAAGUGACCGAGUUAGUGUUGAUGAAAUAUUUCUACAACUUCUUUUAAAUAAGCUGGCACGACUUGUGAAAUGCGCAAUUGUUGAACCAUGCGCUACGAAGUACAAUAUUCCAUCAUGGGUUGUUAACCAACUCCUUGUUGAAAUAAAAUUUGAGCAAAAACUAGUCGAAUCUGUUUCGAAAAAUACAAAGCAUCAUUUACGAAAACUAAACGAUUUCAGUAAAAACUUUGAAGAAAUAUUGAAGACUUAUAAACGUAAAGCAAACAUGGGAAGAGGAGAGCACGGUGCAAGCCAACACGAGUAUUUCACCAGACUUGUUUCAUACAAAUUUGACUUCAUUGUCUAUCCGCUGCAAAAUGAUAUGUCUAAAGUUAUAAGUGAUGUGGAAAAGACAAUGGCCUCUGCCGAAAGGAUUAUUACUAUAAUGGGCAAAAUGAUAUUCGAAAUAGAGGGAUAUUUGGAGCAAACGAUAACAGAAAAAUACGAACCAAAAACUCCAACUCCAGAUGUACCAAAUGAUCUCCGGAAUGACAUUUUAGAACUAAAAGACGUUUACAGCACAGGUACAGUUUACGGUGUCUUCGAAAUCCAUGUACAAGAACAAACCCCAACAUUAAAAGAGGACGUAUCAACUUUAAUGCACAAGUAUGGAUACACUCAACCAUACAUAGUGAAGACUGUUACAAAAGAACCGGUCAAAAUGAUGGCAGAGCGGGAAGCUUAUCAAAAGGCUUUAUCCAGGUGAUAAAGCAAAGUAUUGGGAAAGAACUCUACGUUGUUUUGAAAACAAUUGACCUUUUGACGAUACCAAAGUACAUGUAGUAGCUAUGUCUAAUGGUUCGUGAUAAUCAUGGUACUGGAGCAAAAGCUUAACGACAAAUACAGCCUGUUAUUGAAUAUUCCAUUAAUUCUACAGUAUGUUUUAACUGCUUCUUUUGUCUUUUCUUCAGUAUUUUUCAGUUCUAUAUUAAACCUUGCAAAAUUUA